UAAUAUAAAUAGCAGAAAGUCAAAUGUCCAGAGUGAAGCAAAGCACUUUCAAAUCUUUGAAAUAUGCCAAAAGCAAUAGUUUGGUCAACUACCAGGUGCUUUUUCAUCUGGCUGGCGGUGUUACUGUCGUACUCUAAAGUCUGCAGUGACAAUGGGGAAGAUCCUGCAGGAUUUGACGAGGACAAUUAUCCUCCUUGGUUAGAAAAUUCCUACGAUAAUAAUGAUCCUUGUCAGUCAAAUCCUUGCCGCAAUGGGGGCACAUGUGAAACAACAUCUUCAAGUUAUGUUUGCCGAUGUCCUCGUCCAUUUAAUGGAAAGAACUGUCGCAAAGUGAAUGAUCCUUGUAAGAAAAACCCAUGCAAACAUGGAGACUGUGUUGUUCAGCCCAAUGCACCGUAUUAUAAAUGCAAAUGUAAACAUCCAUAUGUACCACCGCUAUGUAAAAGAGCCACCUCACCAUGCAGCCCCAAUCCUUGUAAAAAUGGAGCAACAUGCCGAGCUGGAAAGAAAAGAGGAUCCUUCACUUGCAACUGCACAGGAUCAUUCAGAGGGGAGCUGUGUGAAAUAGUGCCAAAUGAUUGUUACCAUGGUAAUGGUUUAUCAUAUAGAGGUAUGGUGAAACAAACUGAACGAGGGAAGACAUGUCUGCACUGGAGCUCUCACUUGCUGCUCAAGGAAGCUGUUGGUACCCAUAUGGAGAAUCCUAGCAAAUAUGGAAUUGCUGAUCACAAUUAUUGCAGAAAUCCUGAUGGCGAUGAUAAACCUUGGUGCUAUUAUCGGGAGAAACGUGAUAAAUUAAGUUGGGAACAUUGUGCCAUUUUUCCCUGCCCUCCAGCAGCUAAGACACCACCCCAAAGAGAAGCUACAGCCAAACCUGUGACCCGAUCACCUGCGUCUGCGUCCUCCAUUACACGCUUUCAGUGUGGAAUACCUGAGGUUGCAGUAGUCUUAGGCAAAAUCCUUGGUGGAAAAAGGACAGUACCAGGAAAAUACCCAUGGCAGGUAUCUCUACAGCUGAAAAAUCGCAUUGGACUUUAUAAACCAGGACAUGUGUGUGGAGGAACAUUGAUUAAACCAUGUUGGGUUCUCACUGCCGCCCACUGCAUUGUCUCACAGGCACAGGCAAGAGAUUUCCGUGUACAGCUUGGCAAACAAGACCUUCAAAGAGAUGAAUGGCAUGAACAGAACUUUGACGUUGAAAAUAUAAUUGUCCAUGAAAAUUAUCAUGAGAGCUCAGUGGGAUUAUACAAUGAUAUUGCUUUGGUGAAGAUCAAGCAAGUCAACAAUCACUGUGCCAAGGAAACAAAGUAUGUAAAAACUGCCUGCUUACCAGAUGCUGAUUUCCAGCCUGGAACUGAAUGUCACAUUUCAGGAUGGGGUCAGACAGAAUCAGAGGCAUCAUCCAAUCAGUUAUUGCAUACGAAUGUGAGACUGAUAUCUGACAAGCGAUGUAAGGACUCUCGUUCCUAUGGAAACGCUAUCAAUGACAGCAUGUUUUGUGCAGGAAACCUUGAUGGCAGUGUGGAUUCAUGUCAGGGCGAUUCUGGAGGACCACUGACUUGUGUGAAGGAUGGACGUUACCAGAUCUAUGGAGUAGUGAGCUGGGGCGAUCGCUGUGGGGUGAUAAAUAAACCUGGUGUUUAUGUCCGUGUCACCAAGUUCCUUAAAUGGAUUAAGUCACGAGCCACUUAAGUGCAGUUGUUGAACAUGUGGGAUUGUAGUGGAAUAUAAAAAGAUGCUUGACAUUACUAUUUAACACAUCCAUUAUUUCUAGAAUACCACAUAAAGGAUUUUCAAAUAUGUUAUUACCUCAGUUUUAGUAACAAUGGGAUCAUAUGUAACAUCUUAAUAAUAAUUCUUAUUAAUAAUUAUAAUUAAUUUUGCAUUCCUGUCACAUCAUUCUUUCAUAAACUGAGAAAUAUAACGGUCUGUGUCACAAUCUCAGUGAUUGCAUUUGUAAAGUGUCUCUGGUUUUGAACUUGCAUGGUAAAAAAUCUAACUCUCAAAGCUGAAUGCUCAUUCUGUUGCUUCUUGUUUUAGUUGACAAAGCAGAACUACAGACUUCCUGAGCGGGAAAUAAUGCCUUUAUAAUCUAUGUAUGCAAUAAUUUACAAUUUGACUGUAUAUUACUAAUUAAAUACAAUUCUACUUGUUGCCCCUCAAA